GGUAAUCACGGGGUGGCGCUAGUGAGCUAGAACCAAAUUCGGGAGGAUAUUCAGCACCAGGCUACUCAUUUUCAGAUCAAACAUCCACAAAGGCCCCCAUGAAGAUACCUUUUUAUCGUAAUAUAAACAUUUCCUCUGCAUAUAAUUCAAAUUUUGAUAUCCAUUUAUAGACAUAUGAAACAGGUGGCAAUAAUUUUUUUUAAAUCUAAAAUUAAAACCUCCCGAUAAACCUAGAUUAUUUUAAACGUUGGGUAGCCUAAUAUUUAGACCAGAUCCGUCAAAGGAGAAUUGAGAAAAGAAGCUCAUUCUGCAUGACCUAGCUGUGUAGAUGUCCAGCAGUCGAUAGAGUAGAAGGUGUUGCCGUUAACCUGUUAGCUUCAGAUGAAGUGUAGCCUACAAAGGCGGGGCAAUGCGUUCGCACGCGGCUGAGCUCAGGGGCGCGCAUAGAGCAAGUCUGUAUUGCCUGAAGUUGAAGUCAGCUGAGGGUCGGAACUCACUUGAAAUGUUAUUGAUUUAAAUAGACGCAUAGUGGGCAGUUAAUUUCUUCACACAACAAUACAACCUCACAGGUUUUUGCUUUUUUUCUGUAUUGGUUUAUAGGCUACAUGAGGUUUUGGAUCUGCACUCUGGAAUGGAAUCAUGGAACUUAAACCAGUGUGGAAACUAGGACUGCCUUGAAAUCUGGUCGUGGUCGUUCAAUGAAUUUUCCUCUCCAUCGUUGGAGAGUGCUGCGUAUAGGCUACUCACGCAGACGGGAUACCGCAGAAGUCUCUGAGCGGAAUUACACAUCCAGUAGAAAAAACGGCUGCUGUCUACAGAAUUUGGUGGUCACUCUCCAGGAAACGAAAGUAAACAAAUUACACCAGGGUGUUUACAGAAUAAACAAUAAACGCAGGGUAGAAAAUGGAGACGGUCAUGGAGAGAGAAUGCAGUGCGCUUGGAGGACUUUUUCAAACAGUCAUUGGCGACAUGAAGAGCAGCUAUCCAGUGUGGGAGGACUUCAUCAGCAAAGCUGGCAAACUGCAGUCCCAGCUCAGGACAACAGUGGUUGCCGUGGCUGCUUUCCUCGAUGCCUUCCAGAAAGUGGCUGACCUGGCAACCGGUAGCCGUGGAGGCACCAGGGACAUCGGCUCAGCCCUCACCAGGAUGUGCAUGAGGCACAGAAGCAUCGAGGCCAAACUGAGGCAGUUCUCCAUGGUGUUCAUCGACUGCCUGAUCAACCCGCUGCAGGAGCAGAUGGAGGAGUGGAAGCGGGUGGCCAACACCCUGGACAAGGACCAUGCCAAAGAGUACAAAAAGGCCCGACAGGAGAUCAAGAAGAAAUCCUCUGACACGCUCAAGCUGCAGAAGAAAGCAAAGAAAGCUGAUGUGUUUGGCCGUGGGGACAUCCAGCCGCAGCUAGACAGUGCCAUGCAGGACGUGAAUGACAAAUACCUGCUGCUGGAGGAGACGGAGAAGCAGGCCGUCAGGAAGGCCCUGAUCGAGGAGCGUGGACGCUUCUGCACCUUUGUCUCCAUGCUGCGCCCCGUCGUUGAAGAGGAGAUGUCUAUGUUGGGAGAGAUCACCCACCUGCAGGCCAUUUCUGAUGACCUCAAGACGCUGACCAUGGACCCACACAAACUGCCCCCAUCCAGCGAGCAGGUAAUUAUGGACCUGAAAGGCUCAGACUACAGCUGGUCUUACCAGACUCCCCCGUCCUCUCCCAGCACCACAGCGUCCAGGAAGUCCAGUAUGUGCAGCAGUCUAAACAGUGUGAACAGCAGUGACUCGCGCUCCAGCGGAUCUCACUCUCACUCACCCACCUCCCACUACCGUUACCGUGGUUCUGCCCCGCCCCAGCAGGGUCCAGCCCGCCUGCCCAGCGUCUCCUCGCACGACUCUGGCUUCAUCUCCCAGGAUGCCUACCAGUCCAAGUCCCCGUCCCCUAUGCCUCCCGAGACCAGCCCACAGCCCUCCUCUGGGUCGUGCUCGUCGGACGCCUCUGAGUCUGGUCAGGCAAGCAGCGAGGGCAGCCCACAUGCCCCUCAGGGGACCAAUCAGCCCAGCCCCGACACAGACAGGGAGAAGUUAUCAAAUGGCUACGACCAUCACAGACCCCCCGACUCGCCCUGUCUGCGUGAAGAGUGCCCCCCAGAGCAGUACCAGUACCCCCCACCACCCUUCAUCCCCACAUCCGCUACCCUCUCCUCCACCACCCCUCCGACUCCCCCCUCCCCGCUGUGGCCCUGGUCCCGCCCCGGCUCAUCCAUUGUGGGCGACUUCCCCCCCUACUGCCCCCUGGGCUCGGGCAUGAUGCCCUUCUCCUCCAGAGUGCCCAGCUGGAAGGACUGGGCUAAGCCUGGGCCCUAUGACCAACCUAUGGUGAACACGCUGAGGAGGAACAAGGAGAAGCGUGAGCCCACAGACCCCACAAGCCCUCAGGUUGGAGAAGCCAGCACUGCUGGAGAAGACGCACAGAGACCCAGGACCACCAACACAAACAGUACUCCUAGGCAGGAGGAGGCAGAGGCCCAUGAGGAGCUGGCCAUGGCCCUGAGCCGAGGCCUGCAGCUGGACAUCCAGCACUCCAGCAGAGACUCCCUCCAGUGCUCCAGCGGCUACAGCACCCAGACCAACACACCCUGCUGCUCCGAAGACACCAUCCCCUCACAAGUGUCAGAUUAUGACUACUUCUCAGUGGGUGGGGAGCAGGAAGUGGACCAGCAGGACUUCGAUAAGUCCUCCACCAUCCCGCGGAACAGUGACAUAAGUCAGUCUUACCGCCGCAUGUUCCAGUCCAAGCGGCCUGCCUCCACUGCGGGGCUGCCAUCCAACGGCGGCCCGGUCAUCCUAACACCGGGCACGGCCACCAUCCGCCGCACGCCCUCCUCCAAGCCCAAUUUACGUCGGCCCUCCGGUAGCAUGGGCCCCAUCCCCAUCCGCACGCCCAUGGUGCCCGUUAAGACCCCCACCGUCCCCGAGCUCCCCGCCGGCCUGCCCUUCAGCGAGGAGAGCGAGGCAGCCUCGUCGCCAAGCCCCACCGGGUCACCCACGGCCACAGGAGGAAACACCGGCAGCAGCCCUGCGUCCUCACCGCAAACUCACGCUCCAGACUCGGAGCCCCGUGGCGACACCAACGCGGUGGAGGCCGGGUCGUCCGGUGCCCAGGGGGACCACAUGCUCCUGGCCAUUCGCCGAGGUGUGAAACUGAAGAAAACCACAACCAACGACCGGUCGGCCCCCCGCAUAGCCUGAAACCCAACCCUCCUACUGCAUGUGUGUAAGCAGUAAAGUGGGGUGGGAGGGUCUAACAUGUAGCAAAAGUUUGUGUUGCGAUAUAACAUGACACCUGUGUCCAUGCCUGUGGCAGUAGGAAGGGAAAUAUGCGGUCUGGAUGAGGUGUCCUUAGAAAUAUAUGUGGGUCUAUGGGCAGGGAGAGAUUGGAGGAUUUGAAUUUAAUAUUUCCAUGACUUUUCAAAUUAGACGAAAAAGGCUCUGUCUUUGUUUUGUACAUAAAUAAUUCUAAUUAUAUUUUGAAGUGUUAUACAGUAUGUUUAUAUGUUUUUUUUUGUCAUUGAUACUCCAUUUGUAAUCCCCACUUCUGGAAAAAAAAGGUGCCAAAAAGCCUCAAAGCUGAGCGUUUUUCAAUAGUUUCAUUUCACUUAAUAGGAUUUAUCUUUUCUGUGAAAAUGCCAGAGUUAAAGAAAAAAUAAAGCAAUGUCAAGAGUUAGGGGUGGACAAUCUACUAGAUAGAGCUGUUAAACUGAAAGAAAAGUGCACUAGAGAACAGCCAGAACUGCAAUAUGGCAUCAUCUUUAGGUCUCUUAAAUAAUUCUCUUAUGAAAAUCCUUUGAUACGUCCCUAUAGAUUAACAUGCAUGCCCAAAUUUAACAUUUAUUAUGACCACUGACACAUACAGCAAUUGACUGUGCAGUGUCUGGCAGUAUUGUAUAUAGAACGGUCUAAUUAGUCCAGACACAUUUGUAUGUUUCAACUGAAAUUAGGAUGAGAGUGUCUGGGGGGAUAAAGCUUUAGCAUCUCUUUACACCCAUCACGUCACAUCAGCAGAAAUUCCUCCAUCUAUGUAUUCAAUACACUACACUUCACUGGAGUGAUGCACUUUGGGAAAAGCCAAAGUGUAGAUGAACCCAAACCCAUGGUCAAACAUUUCUUUAAGUUGAAGUUUUGAGUUAAGUCCUCUCCAAGUUGGGGAACCUUUCUUUUUUUUUUUUUAUUGAUUUCUCUUCACUGUGAGCUGAGCCCCCUAAAAGACUGAUGGCCCUCGAGGUUAGUCAAACAUGUUCCAAGCAUUUCAGUAGACAGACCGCCAAUGCCCUGUUGCUACGCAGAAACUCCUUUUGUAACUUUCUGUUACUUCCUGGAGUCAGCUUCUAGGAGAUGCCAGCCUCUUCAUUUCCAUUCAUAUACACUGGUGGAAAUAUACAUUUUGGAUUGGGGAGCUGCUUCAGUAUAAGCUUUGCAUUUUUUUAUAUUAUAUAUUUUUACCCUUAACUUAUUUCAACACGUAAGGCUCCUGCGAGAACAGGUGGUCUACAAAGAAACUACAUUUCCCACAAAGCACCCCCAAAAACCACUCUAAAUUCAAAGCAAUUACCUCAUUGACGUAAGACUACAGCAGUCUAAAACAGUUUUCCCAAGGGAAGUGCUAGCUCAGCUACACUGUUGACAUUCACUUUUAUGACAAAAGUAUAAAGAAAUGUAUUUCUGCAUGUUGCUUUCAAAGUAUUAAUGUGCAUUAGUUAAACAAACAACAACUAUUUAUCCAAAUAAAUUCCCUCUUCCACACUCACCACAUCCCCAUUUUAGAGCUGAUGGAUAUAUUGUACAGCAACUGAGGUCUGUGUUAUUGUCCCAGAAAAAGCAGACCUCUAUAAUGUGCGUAGAACAGAGUAGCUGAUGCUACAUGCAUAUGACGCUAACAUUUUGAACUAUCUGCACUUGUGUGAUUUCUUGUCUUGAUUACAACAUAAGUGGUUUAUUAUAAAUGUCAAACAACUGUAGCUGUAACUAUGUGUUGUUUUCUUUUUCUUUUCCCCAGAGUACAGCUGUUUAGAUAAGUUGCCAAAACGUUACCUUUGUAAAAUGAUCCAGAUGUUAAAAAUGCAUAAGUUGGUGUUUUUAACCCGUUGUCAGCCUUCAGGAUUUCUUAGACACUGUUGCUAAUGCUUGCUUCAGUACCAUGUCGGUGUAUGGAGAGUUGACUUUUUGUUUAUAUGUUUUCUAUCCUGUCUCCUCUGGCCUUUCAAAGAUGGUCCCUGUUUCUGUAGUUCUAUCCCCUCUCUGUCAAACAGCUGAUUCAGCUUACAAUAAAGGUGUUGAAAAAAAAAAAAAA